CAACUGGAAAUUAAUCAUUGGGAAUACCGAAUGUAUUAAUAGAUUUAAGGAAUAUUAUCGAAUUUGAUUGGAUUAUAGCAGCGACAAUAAUAAACUAUGAUACUUAUGGUUAAAUCACAAUUUAUUAUUUACCGAUUAGUCGCUCAGUCCUUAUUGUGCCUCGUCUCGUUACUUUACCUUUUUCUUCUCCAUUUUUCUUUUCAAUUAUUUCUUCAUAUUGUCUAGUAUUAUAUUAUAUUGCAUUUUAAUUUAUUUAAUAGACACAUAAAAGGAAAACACCGAAGCAGAGGUGCGAGCAAAGCCACGGGCCAUAGCCUUUGGGCUUUCAAAAACUCAAUAAAUUUAAUUUAUUUUAUUUUUUGACUUAAACGUUUAACACACCUAAGGUCAGUAUAUUGGGUAUCAUAUAAUAAUUUUUAACAUAGAAAUAGUGUAGGAAAGUAUUUUAUAUAGAUUCCUGUAUAUUAUUAAUACCCAAAAAGUACAUAUUGUACUUGUAUGAAUUAAUGUUUUAUAAGUGAAAAUAUUUUAUACGGGUGAUCAAUUUAUAUAGGAAGAUAUUUUCAUCAUCGCCAAAAGUAUUGUUUUUUUUUUUUUCGAAAUUUUCUUUUAGAAAAAUUCAUGAUAAAUACGCUACUGGUUUCUCAGUCUUUUAAACAAAUUUGAAAUGUCUAUUAUUUCUUUAUUAUAAUAAGAGGUAGUAGGUAUCUAAUUAAAUUAUCUUUGUCAUAAAAUGUACCUAUUACCUAUAUCUGUAGUGUCUUAUUUUUAAUUAAAUAUUUAGUUAUGUAAAAUUAAAUUAAAUGCCAAUUUUACAACAAAUAAUCAAGUCCAGUUUAGUUCAUUGGAAAUGUUAGUCAUUUACAAAAUUGACAUUACUGGGUCUAAAAAAUGAUUUAAAUAUCUGAAUUUAAAAGUUUAAAAUUAAAAAAUAAUUUUCCGUUAUGUGAUUAAUAUAAGUAGGUACUUGGUUAAUAUUUUUGUUUAGCCGUAAUGGCAUAAAACCUAACAUCUAAUUAAUAUUGUAGUGAAUACAAAUAUACCUAUAGAUUAAGACUAGAGACAUUAAAAUUGAAAUCUUGUCUCUUGGGUUAAAAAAAAAAUUAAAAAUGAAAAAUGCCUAGUACAAAUAUUUUCCAUGCCCCCCCCCCCAUGUCUCUGCGAUUGAAUUUUCGAUUUUCUCAUACCCCGCAGAAAUAUGUCAGGUUUAAAAAUUCGCGUUUGAAGUCUUGGUGAAAUUUUGAUCUCUGAAACUGCUUCUUAAAGUCAAGAAAAAGUAUUGAAAAAUCACCCAUAUGUUUUCCUUAUUAUCACUUAAGUUAGAAUUAACAUUUUCUAAUUUCUUACAAAAAUAUAAAAGAUUUUUAACACUUAUUUGUUAUCUACCCCAAAGCGCCAUAUUAAAAAGUGUCAACAAAUUUAAAUAUUGAAAUCCUAACUGUUUGGCGCUUUAUUUAUACUAUUAGAAAACCACUGUAAUUUUCAGAUAUUUUUAACCUUAGUUUUGACACGGAGCACAAAAGCGUCUGUAAAUAAUACAAAUUUUCCAAGUCUGCUAAAGUACACCUCUAAUCCUGUCAUAUCUUGGCGGGAAAAGAAAUUGAAUUGCAAGUCAUUGGUUUGAUAUUUUGACAUUUUUGUUUUUUUUCUACCCUAAAAACUAGUCUUCAAUCUCUACCAAUGCUGUCUGGCUUUCUUGGUCUAAACUAAACUUGUAUGUAACAACCAUUAAUAAUUGUUUAAUAUACAUUUUAAUACAAUAUAAUAGUACACAGUGCAUAAUACAUAAAAAUAUAACAGUUAUAAUUUUAUAAAUAACUUAUAAUAUUUGUAUAUUAUUUUAUUUAUUUUUAUUACAAACAACACAAUCUAACACCUAAAUCUGCAUCACAUCCAUUCUUCUAUUUUAUAUCAUUUCAGAUUUGUUCUAUAAUUAAUUGUUAAUUUUUUUUACAGAAAAAUCAUGACUUUCCCUUCUACAGUAAAAAAGUCCGGUUCUAUGAAAGCCACGUCUAAAACUGGAUCAGAAUCAAAGGUUCUACCUCCAGGGUCUCCAGGAUCACCCAAAUUAAUAUCUGUGAAUACAUCUGCAAAAUUGCUACCAAUUGGAUCUUCAGUUAAAACACCACUGGCUAAUAAAGUUUCUGAAAAAGUUAACGAUGGAUCUGCUGUUAAAAACUUAAGUUCUAAAUCUAUUACUAAACCUGUAAAUGAUGUUAAGUUUGAACUAGCUAAAAAACCUAUGACCAAACCUCCUCCUCUUAAGCUGAAUACAAAAUCAAUAGACUCAAAAGAAUUACAAUCACCUGUCACUCUGAAACGUAUACCUAAAACUCCGACAACUCCAUCUGUAAAAUCGUUUGUAUUAGCGAAAUCACCUAUGGUAACUAAGUCAUCAUCAACUAUGUCAACUUCUGUGUCACCUGGAAUAGUUAAAUCAUCUACUUCUCCAACUUCUAAAUCAUCUCAAGUGACUGCAGGAUCGAAGUCUUCCACUACAUCUUCAGUUAAAUCUCCUUCAACAUUGAAAUCUUCACCAGUAACUAAAUCCCCACAAGUAUUUGCUUCAUCUAAAUCUACUGUUAUUUCUUCUCCCAUCGCUAAAUCUCCUUCGACAUUACCUACUUCAAAAACUUUAACAGUACCUAAAUCACCAUUGUCUACUAAAUCUUUAACUCCAACAGUGAAAUCACCAUUGUCUACUAAAUCUUUAACUCCAUCAGUGAAAUCUAUAAUAUCUAAGACAACUAUUAAAGAUAAUCCAACGUCAUUAAAAUCUGUCUCAACCAAAGACCAAACAACUGUUGUAAAAUCAUUAACUCCAACUAAAAAUACAGCUUUGUUGUCUACCAAUAGUACAGCAGGAGUUAAAUCACCAACUACACUAACAACCAAGUCAUCAACAAUUUCAAGAAGUCCAUCUAUGACAUCUAGUAAAAAAUCAAUUUCUUUAAAGGUCCCACUUUCUCCUUCAAAAUCUUUAACUAAACAUCCUAACACUACAAAAGUGUCACCAUCAGUAAAGUUGACUGUUUCUAAUAAACCAAGUAUUGUUUCUAAACCGGAACCAAUGUCUCCAAAAGUUAUGGUUAAAAAAGAAUCUAGUACUCUAUCAUUAUUAUCGGUUAAAUCCACUUCUACAACAAAAUCUACUUCUUCAAUAGUUUCUAAAACUUUGGUGUCAAAGUCACCAAUAGUAAAAACACAAUCAUCAGUAGUAAAAUCCCCAGCAUCACCUAAACUAAAAACUAUAUCACUUCCAAUUGUGAAAACCCCGUUAUCACCAAUAGUGAAAACGAAAACUACACCAUCACCAACAGUGAAAACGAAAACUCCACCAUCACCAACAGUGAAAACGAAAACUCCACCAUCACCAAUAGUGAAAACUAGAACUACUUCAAUAUCAACAGCAAAGCCACCAUUGUCACCAGUUAUAAAAAAAAUGGUACCAACCAAAUUGAUAUUAAGUCCUGGAUUAACAAAAAGCGGGCCACUUUUAUCUUCUAAACUCAAUUCUGUUUCAACCGAUAGCUUAGUUUCAAAAACAUCAUUAAAAUCUCCAAAGAGCCCUACUAAAGUGGUUUCAAAAAAGGAUUCAAUAGAUAUUAAGAAUGCUGUAGAACCAAAAUCCAAAGGUAUUCGAGGAAAACAGCCCAUUACAAAGACCAUUGAUAUCCCAGGAAUAAGUGAAUUGCCAUCAAAUUUAGUUUCUAACAAACUCGAAACUCAAGAUAUUGAAUUUAAAUUAGAAAAUCCUACUGAAAAUAUUUUAAAAGAAGAAACUGAAAUGAAAAUAAUUCAAAUACUUGAUCAAGAUUCGCAAUAUUCUGAGGAAUUAGAAAAACACUCUACUCUUAUAAAUAUUGAUAAUAGUUUGACAAUAGCUAAUAGUUUAGUUAACGAAGAAACUACAUUAUUAGAUAUAACAAAUUCAUCAAUCAAUCAAUCACAAAAAGUUCAAGAACAUAAUUUAGAAACUAUACAAGAGUAUUUAAUUGAACCUUCAACAUCACUUGAAGAAAUAAGACAAGAUGAAGAAAUUUGUUGCUCAUCAGAAAUCGAAAUUGUAAGAAAAGAUAAAUGUGUACCAUGUUUAAGUACCAUUUCUCAAUCUGUCAAUAAUAUUGAUGAUAAUCAUUUUGAUAUGACUAAUGGAUAUGUUAUUAUAGAAGAUUUAAAUAAAACACAAUUAUGUACUGUAGAUAUAGAUGAUCACUUUGAACCUAUGAAUGACAAAUUAGUACUUGGAGACGUACCAUUUGAAACUGAUUCAAGUGAUAUUUCUGACAGUGAAAAUGUUGUAAAUGAAAUAAUUUCAACCCAAAUGGAUGAUGAUGUUUUCUCAACUGAAGAUAACUUACCUUUAUUAAAUAAAGAUAAUUUAUCUUAUCAUGAUUUUGAUAGAGCUGACAGUACAGAACUUUUCAUUCAUAAACUUUUACCAAAAUCAAUGACACUAUCUGAAGGUGAAUCAUCAGUUAGUACAGACGAUGGACACCUUAGUCGAAAAUCUUAUUCGGAAGUUGUUUCGGGAUCACCUAAAUUUAAUGAUUGCUAUUUUGAUUAUGACUUUGAAGUAGCUGAUGAUUGUUUGGAUUAUGACAAUGAUGAGAGAUCAGUAUUUGUUGAAGUGACAGAAAAAGAAUUUCCUGAAUUAAAAUCUGACUCAAGAAAACGAAACAAAAAGCAAAAGAAAAGAAACUAUAGCAAUAGAACUGAUUCUCAAUCUGGUAAAUAUAAUUUACGAUAAAUUAUUUUAAAUAUUUGUUUAAUUUCUAAUUUGUGUUGUAUUAUUUAUAUUUAGAUUCAAAUAUUUCUACAUCCGAAAUAAAUUAUAACCCCGAAGAAUUUGAUGGCAAUGAAUUUUGCCGUUACAUUAAAAUGAUGAAGGAUUGUUCAUUUUAUCCAAAUGGAUUAUUUUCAUCCGAUUCUGUCAAACUAUCUACAUCAUCAUCUCUUUCAUGGUUAGAUAUAUCCAUCCGGACUACUGAUGAUGACUUGAAACCAUCUACAGAGUUCUUAAGUACUUAUGAGGUAUUCCAAGGUAGUUAUUUAAAUAAAGAUUUCUUAACAUCAAUUAUUGGUUCUACUACAACUCCCACAAAUGAAACUACUUGGUUUUGGAAGUCAAUUGAGGGUAAACAUCAAAUGCAUAAUAAGGCUAAUAUAACACUUAGUCUUAAACCUAGACCUAAACAUUUAACUACACCUCGUUUCAUGACCCUUUUGGCACUUAUCAGUGAAGCUAAAGGUUAUGAAAUCAAACCAUCAUUGUCUGAACAUUUUGUGACCACUGACUGUUCUGCAAGGUUUGAUAAUAAAAUUAGGAGACUUAUGGUUCAAGGAUUUUGGUUGGUUGGCCGAUUAAUAAGAGAAAGUUUGCAUGUGGAGGAAGAAGUGAACUGUGGAAAUCCAUUUGAGUUUGAUGAUGGUGAUAUUGGCUUAUGGUGGGCAGGUAUAAAUAUGUUGGACUGGCAAGAAUACAUAAAAGAAAGUGGCAAAAAUCAACCAAUUCUAAGUUGCUAUCAAUUCGUUCUUGAAAACAUGAAUACAGACUUGGGAAAUAGAUACAACUACAAGGAAGCCUUGUUAAGCAUGAACAGUACAAUACCUGAUGAUUUUAUGAGCGAAUUGGAUAUGGACAAUUUUAUUUUAACUGUGCGCAAUGUCAAGUAUUACUGUGGCAACAUUUUCGUGGACAGUCAAGAAAAUAUCGAAGUACCUGAAGAAAGCUGUGAUGAUGAUGGUAAUCUCAAAGAAUGGGAUAACAACACUGUAGAAAAAAACUAAAAUGUUAAAAAUAAUUAGAUAAAUAUUUAUUAGUAUUAAGUUUUGAGAUAUUUAGUAUUUAAAUAAUAAUAUAUUAAUAUAAUUGUUAAGAGCUAAAUUGUUAUUUUUGAUGUAUAAAUAAAUGUAUAUUACAUAAUUCAUUUGAGUUUUCAAAUUGAAAUUAUAUAGAAUUAAGUACUAUUGUUGUGUUCUAACAAUAAAUUAGUAAUAAUAUUUUGCAUGUUUAAUGUUUUGCUAAACAUAUUUGGGAUUUUAUGAUAUUUUGAUUUAAUUUACAUUUACUAAGGUUAAAUAACAAUGAUAAUGAAUUAAAUAAACUGCUUAUUACGUUUUAUCUAGUUUUUUUUUUUUUUUUUUUAACAAAUAAUAUAAGCAAAACUAGACAUCAGACUGGAUAAAAAAAAUG